AUAGGAGGUGGCAGUGGGUUUGUUGGCCAGUCACUGUCGCAGUUAUUAAGGAAGAGAGGUCAUAAAGUUACCAUUAUUUCCCGAAAACCUGGAGAACAGAAGAUUACAUGGGGAGAUGUCACCAAAAAGGGUCUGCCACCAUGUGACGCAGUUGUUAACCUUGCUGGAGAGAAUGUCCUGAAUCCCCUAAGAAGGUGGACAGAGCAGUUUAAAAAGGAAGUUAUUGCCAGUAGAAUUGAGACUACGCGUACCCUCAGUGAAGCUAUUGCCCAAUCAGAGAGCCCUCCUCGUUCUUGGGUGCUAGUUACUGGAGUGGGAUAUUAUCCUCCCAGUCAGACACAACAGUAUACAGAGAAUAGCUCUGGAGGAGAUGCAGACUUUCUGUCCCGUCUGGUAAAGGACUGGGAGGAUGUAGCAGAGCUGCCACUAGUUGAUGGAAAAUCUGUUACACAGCUGUCAAAAGUGCGAUCAGGUGUUGUGCUGGGUCGCAAUGGGGGUGCCCUUCCCACUAUGCUGUGGCCUUUCCGGUUGUGUCUUGGUGGUACUGUGGGUUCUGGAAGACAGCCAUUCCCUUGGAUUCACAUUGAUGACCUUUGCAGAUUGUUAUGUCACACAAUUGAGCAGGAAGGUAUUUGUGGAGUUCUGAAUGCAGUGUCUCCCUCCUCCGCCUCUGAUACUAAUGCUGAUUUUACUCGAGCCCUGAGUAAGGCAUUGGGACGUCCUGCGUUGUUCUUCACGCCAGCCUUUGCUGUGCAGCUGCUACUGGGAAAUGACAGGGCUCCAAUGUUACUCGAAGGGCAGAGAGUUGUCCCAGAGAGGACUCUACAAAGUGGAUUUAACUUCCUGUAUCCAGACCUUGACUCUGCACUUGCUGAACUGUUGAGCUGA